AGUCUCUACACCAAAGAAAAGAAAGGGGUGCAGUUGAUACACUUAAUCACCAAAAGUCAUUUCUCUCGUAUUGCCGACACCAACACUAAAAUGUCGUCUGGGCGCACUGUUCUUCUCAAUACCGGCCACAAGUUCCCAACCUUGGGCUACGGCACCUGGCUCUGUAGCCCAGAAGAAGUUAGCGAGGCCAUUUUCGAGGCACUCAAGGUUGGCUACCGACACCUUGAUCUCGCCAAGGUUUAUGGAAAUCAGGUCGGAGUCGGAGAUGGUAUUAAGAGGGCGCUAGCAGAGAUUCCCGGCCUGAAGCGCGAGGAGAUUUUCAUUACUAGCAAGCUGUGGAAUAACAGCCAUCGGCCGGAAGAUGUCGAGCCUGCGCUUGAUGACACUCUGCAAGAACUCGGACUUGAUUACCUUGAUCUAUAUCUCGUUCAUUGGCCUGUUGCUUUUGCCUCCGGCAAGGUCCUUGAGCCAACAGAUCCAGCGACCGGCACAGUUAUUCUUGACCAAGAAGUCUCAAUUUGUCAGACUUGGAAAGCCAUGACUACUUUGCCUAAGAGCAAAGUUCGUUCUAUUGGAGUUUCCAAUUUUACAACCGAGCAUUUAGAGGCCAUCAUCAACGACUCAGGCGUAGUCCCCGCUGUCAACCAAGUCGAGCGGCAUCCCCUGAUUCCUGACCCCCCUCUUGUUGACUACUGCAAGAAGAAAGGCAUCGUUAUCACGGCCUAUUCCCCCUUUGGCAGGAACACUGACGGCCUGCCAUUGAUCGUCGAUGAUCCAGUGGUCAAGGGAAUUGCAAAGCGUCUCUCAGAGGGUCAGGGCAAGCCUAUUUCUCCAGCACAGGUCCUUCUUGCCUGGUCCCAGCUUGAUGGCCACACCGUCAUUCCAAAAUCAAUCACGCCGGCGCGGAUUCUUGAGAAUUUCCAGGACAUCGAGCUUGAUGAGCAGGCGAUCCAGGAUCUUGCCAAGCUUGGCGAAACCCCACAGCGACGCUGUCUUCCCGGGCCCGAAUGGAACAUUAACAUUUUCGGGGACGACAGAGAGAAGACUGCUACGAAUCAGAUUGUCGUAAAGUCAUGAGGAUAUCCUACUAGGGAAUAGUUGUGCACAGAGCUAAAUUAAGCGACCAAUUAUGUUGAGCAAAUUGAGCGUAGUAACAUAGUCUUGUGAUUGUGCCCUGCAUCAGGGAAUCAAAUGUGUAGGUACCUCAGUAGCUGCCGAUAGCAUACUAGCAGUAGCAACCUUAAAGCUAUGCCUUAAUCUGGUGC